CAACAAACGCGGGUCGCUCGACAAGGCAGCAGCAGAGAGGAGUGAUCAGACUGGGCUGGAGUUCGCACAGGUUGCAGGUGGUGUCUGUCUGUCUGUCUGUCUGUGCGACUGGGAGGAGCCUGUGGGGCUGCAGCAGGUAGACCAGGCUCCAGUCCCCAGCCGGCAGGGCAAUGGAGAGCAGGGGCGAGCCCGGCGGCGCCAACGCCAACGCCAAACGGAGGAACCUGGGCUUCUUCAAACCCAGGCUGUACAUCCUGGAGCGGCGCCGCACCGACACCAUCAUCGCUGAUGAAGCCGGCGAGGAGGAGAGAACGGGCACCCUGCGGAGGAGCCAGUCUGAUCGCACCGAGUACAGCCUCAAACUGAAAGCCAAGAUGACUCCGCAUGCAAUUCCUGAAGCACCAGUGACCCCAACCCUGGACCCAAAGGAGCAUAGGGAACGCAUGAUGUGCAGGAGGUUAAAGGUCAUUGAAGAACUAGUAGAGACUGAAAAAGAUCACUUCAAUGAUCUGGAUCUGUGCAUCACACAAGUGGUUCAACCACUAAGAGAGAAAAAAAUGGAGAGUCUCGAUGUGGACAGGUUAUUCAGCAACAUUGAAUCAGUCCAUCAGAUAUCAGCCAAGCUCCUGUCAAUGUUACAAUACACUGUCACUGAGGAUGAGCCAGAAAUGCAAAUGAUCGGUGAAAUAUUUUUGCAGCUUAAAACCCCUUUAGAAGAGGUUUAUAAAAUCUAUUGUUAUCAUCACGAUGAUGCCAACAGUCUGCUUGAAACAUACGACAAAGACGACGAAAUUCAGCGGCUUUUAAGAAAUCAAGUUGUUGCUCUGAAGAAAAUAUACCAGGAACAAGGGAAAUCCACCUUGUUGGACAUGGGCUCGCUGCUUAUUAAGCCAGUGCAACGAGUGAUGAAGUACCCACUGCUACUGAGUGAGCUUUUCAAAUCAACCCCAGAGUUACAUGCAGACCACAAACCAGUUGAAGAUGCGUUGGCAGCAGUGAGGCAAAUCAAUGUGAACAUUAACGAGUUUAAAAGGAGGAAAGAUCUGGUGAUGAAGUACAAGAAAAGUGAUGAGGAUGAGUCUCUAAGAGACAAGCUGUCCAAGGUGAACAUUCGGUCAAUCAGAAAAAAGUCCAACCGAGUCACCAGUCACCUGAAGAUCCUGACUGGGGGGGAGCUGCAGGUCAAAGAUGAGACAUUUGAUAGAGAAGAGAAAACAUUUCGAAACUUGGAGAAGGCUGUGAGACUUUGUUCAAAGAAUACUUUCUGUUACCUUCAAAACAUUCAGGAAGGUAUGUUAUUGGCUGUUCAGAAUGUCCAUGACCUUCAAAGAAUUUUACAGGAUUGUGACCACAGAAAUUCUGACCCCCUUCAGGAAUUGAAGAACUAUCAAAAUUCCUUUGAAAAUUUUAAAGACCAUUUGGAAAGGCUGGUCGUGAUGCCACUUGCCACGUUACAAGUCCUAUUUUCAGCUCCUCAAAAGCUCAUACAGAAACGUUAUGACAAGUUGCUCGAUUAUGUCAGCUGCCUCAAGCAGUCUGAAAGUGUGAGGGAAAAGAAAGCAGCAGAGGAACUGAACGACACAAAGAAAGUCUAUGAAGCACUGAAUGGCCAGUUGGUGGAGGAGCUUCAGACAUUUAACAAAGCGGCAAAGAAAAUUCUAAUGAACUGUAUCGACUGCUUUAUGGCUGUCUUCAGGAACCUGAUGAUUUCAGCACUCCAGGCUUCUCCAGCGGUAAAGAACAACCUGGUUUCUCCUCCAGGCAGUGUUCGAGAUAGGCAAAAGCAACCCAUUGAAGAAAUUCAUAGCCUGUCGUUUGGUAAAGAAUUCGGAUCUCACAGAGCGAUUGAAAGGAGGGCCAGUUUAGAGGAUCGGUCAAAGAAGAGGUCAUCUGCCUCCAUGCCCCAAGCUCCCCAUCAGACUGAAGAGGACAGAGCUAAGCUCUUGGCGACACACAGCCUUGACAAACUGUUUCAAGCAAAGCGGAAAUUCAAUGCUGCCCAAAAUUUAGAUGCAUCUCUUCAUGAAGGUGAAAUUGUGGCAGUUCUUGAGAAGCAGGACCCUCUGGGGAGUGUGAAUCGGUGGCUCGUUGAUACAGGAAUGACGCAAGGCUAUGUGUAUUCCUCAUUUCUGAGACCAUACAACCCUGUGAUUGGGCAGAACGGAGCAUCCACAGAUGGAUUGGUGACCGAUGGGGAUUUUGACGACAUUAGCCUGUUUGUGCCUUCACACUGCGGAGAUACCAACAACACGAGGAGUUUGUACUUCAGCACCAGUGACAGCGACAGCCCACUAAACGAUUCUCAGGAAGCGAGUCCUUGUACCCCGGAGACGAUGUCAGUCAACGGAAACGAUGAUUACUCAAGUGACUUAGGAGAGCAGCAGAUCUUUUAUGCGGUCUACCCUUUUCAAGCACGGAGUAAACAUGAACUCAGCCUUCAGGAGUAUGAGCGAGUGAAGGUAGUGAAAUCCAGCGACUUGAGUGGAAACACAAGUUGGUGGUUGGCAGAAGUUAAAGGGAAAAGGGGUUAUGUCCCUGCCAACUACCUGGGAAGAAUGUCCUAUGCAUGAAGUCUCAACAUGUGGAAACCUUUAAAGAAACUCAUGGGUGGAAAGACAUGUUCUUGACGACACUCUCCUAGCUCGCUAGAUCAUAGAGAAGAAAUCAAGUGUGUUUUACUAGACAUUUAAAAUUAUAACAGGAAGACAUGGUCACAGCUACUUGGUCUGGGCUACAAUGCUUUCUAUCGUGUCUGUGGUGGUCUCAUUCCCCAUUCUCUUGUUUCUGUUCCCAACAGCAUCCAACCGUUCCAGUAGACCCAAGUCACAGGUCUCCUGUGUUUACAUAUUUUUGAAUUCUUUGCAAUUGGAGGAAGCUUAACUUUUCAUGAAGGAUAAGAAACUAUUAGCACAUAGCAACUUUGUAGGGACUUGGUCCCCGUGUGUGUAUGUGUGUGUAAUGUGUGUGUGUCCAUAUGUGUAAGAAGGAGAUGAACAAAAGUGAGGGAAAAGGCAAAAUUCACUUGCUUUGUAUAACAACCAAUGGGUCUAUAAUUUGAAACAUAUUCCUAGGACGUUGCUUUUAAAUAUUACUCCUGUGGAGUAAGGCCUUUUAAAUUAAAGUCAUAAUGGCCUGCAGAUAUAAAAUGGUACUUUAUCUUUCAUGGAAUGUGGGCAUCACUGGCAAGGCCAGCAUUUGUUGCCCAUCCCUAAUUGCCCUUGAGCUGCCAUUUCAGAGGGCAGUUAAGAGUCAACCACAUUGGCCAUGGGUCUGGAGUCACA